AUGGUCUCUGUUUCCAAACUUUUGAACAACGGUCUUCUUCUUGCGAGCCAAGGCGUCUUCAGAGACGUGGCCACUCCAGAUCAAGCCUCUGUUGAAUCUUACAACUACGUCAGAUUCUUGGGUGGUGCUGGACCAUACGUCCAACACCCAGGCUACGGCAUUUCCACCGACAUCCCGGAACAAUGUACUUUGGAGCAAGUCCAUUUGUUGUCCAGACACGGUGAGAGAUAUCCUUCCACCAAGGUCGGUGUUAAGCUCGAGGCCAUUUGGGCUAAGGUCAAGUCGUACAACCAAACCUUCAAGGGCGAGUUGGCAUUUUUCAACGACUACACCUACUUUGUUCCAAAGAAGGAAUUGUACGAAAAGGAGGUUUCUGCGUACAACUCCGAGGGAACUUUCGCUGGUACCACCAACGCUGUCAGACAUGGUGUUUCUUUCAGAUCGAAGUACAACACCUUGUUCAACUCGACCACCGAGAAGCUCAAUGUGUUCACCUCCAACUCGGGCAGAUGCCAUGAGACUGCCAGAUACUUCGCUCGUGGUUUCUUGGGCGACCAAUACUCCGAGAAGGCUGCCAACUACUACAUUCUCGCCGAGAACCUGACCAUGGGCGCCAACUCUUUGACUCCAAGAAAGGCCUGUGCCAACUUCGACGACUCCAUCAACGACCACGUCAUUGAGAAGUACGACGACUCGUACUUGGAGGGCGCCAGAGACAGAUUGUUGAAGAAGAACAAGAACUUCAACUUGACCAAGACCGAUGUCUUCGACCUCUUCUCUUGGUGUGCGUUCGAGACCAACGUUAGAGGCUCUUCUCAGGUCUGCAGCCUUUUCACCAACGAGGAAUACGUCAAGUACGCUUACUCGCUCGACAUUGACAACUACUACUCCCACGGUCCUGGCCACAAUGCUUCUGCCGUCAUUGCCGCUCCAUACCUUAACGCUACCACCCAGUUCUUGAACGAGGAGAACCCUAAGUACAAGGUUGUUCUUGCUUUCACCCACGACACCGAUCUUGAACUUCACCUUGCUGGUCUUGGUUUGGUUGGCCCUGAGAACCCAUUGCCAGUUGAUGAGAUUCCAUUCCCAAGCCCUUACUCCCAUGUUCAAAUUUGUCCUCAAGGCGCCAGACUCGUCACCGAGAAGUACAAGUGCGGCAACGAAUCUUACGUCAGAAUUGUGUUGAACGAUGCUGUUAUUCCUAUUAAGGGUUGCAAGAACGGCCCAGGUUUCUCUUGUAAGCUUUCCGACUACAACAAGUACAUCCAAGGCAGAAUCGGCGGCAUUGACUACAAGAGCCAGUGUGGAAUCGGCAACGCUCCUGAGAAGGUUACCUUCUUGUGGGACUACGCUUCCAAGAACUACACUGCUCCUGACAUCAACAAGUAA